CUUUGCUGAAAUCUCCGCCAGUUUUCAGUGCUCGUACCGCCGCGGCCUAAUCGAAUUAGCCGAAACCGAUAAACAAAACAUUAAUUUCGAUUCGGAGUGCCUCGAAUUAACCCACCUUUCUAAUUGAUACCGACCGCCGCGCGACGUCGGGACGCCGCCGCUACCAUGCGAGUCUAAGUAGGCGAUCGAGGGCCGUCCGUCGACUUUUUCGCGUUCGCUUGUCUCCGGUGCCGGUGGAGAAUGUACGCGCUUGAUGGACACAUGUCGGAUUUCGGCGGUGCCAACCAAGAUUACAAUGCCAGAGCCCAUUGUAGCAACAAUUCCAGACAGUUUUCGGUUAGCAGCCUUUUGAGAUUGGGUCACAAAAGGCGAGGCUCGGAUGGUGAUUGCGAAGACAUUUCAAACGACGAGAAACAUAAGAAACCGAGAAGAAACAGGACAACUUUCACCACCGCUCAGUUGGCAGCUCUGGAAAAAGUUUUUGAAAAAACUCAUUACCCAGACGCUUUCGUCAGAGAAGACCUUGCUUCGAAAGUCAGCCUAAGCGAAGCGAGAGUACAAGUGUGGUUUCAAAAUCGAAGAGCCAAAUUCCGACGAAACGAACGAAGUUUGAGUUUGCAACAGAACCCUGUGACGAAGUUACCAUGUAAAACGUCUCCUGUUCCUCUAAAAGCGGAUACAAACGAAAAACCGUUGUUCCCUUACCAAAAUGCGGGAGCUGCACAUUCUGCCGCGGACAUACAAUAUGUGGUGCCUUGGAAAUGCUCCUACACUCAAUAUAACCAACACGAAUUGUACACAAACAAUUUUAAUAAUCUGUCCAGUCAAACAUGCAGUUUUCUUUCAAAUUCACCUUUUAAUUAUUCUGGCAUACCCCCUAACAGCAUGUGUAACCCUUUAAAUAUGCAGUCGUUAAGAUACAGGCAGGAUUUUAGUUUAUAGUGAAUAUUUUGUUAA